AUGGCAGCUGAGGCAGGGAUGCUCAAGCUGCCCUUCGUCCACGAUGACCAGCUCACCCGGUGCAUGCGACUGCGAUUCCAGAGCCUGCAACAAAAAAACAUGAGGCCCCAGGAUGGUGAGAAGCUGCUGCAUCCCAAUGAGCACAUCUACCGAGUAGAUUUCAUCCGGCAACACAACCUGUGUUUUCUCCGCUGGGACAUCCAGCUGGAGAGACCUGGGAAGGUCACGGUAACCGGCACCUCCCAGCACUGGACUCCUGAUCUCACCCACCUUAUGAACCGGCAGCUGCUGGAGCCAGUGGGCAUCUUCUGGAAGAAGCCAGGGGCCAAGGAAGUAGAGUGCAAUGAGGCAGAUGCCCAGGAAUUUGGGGAGCGGAUAGCGGAGUUAGCCCAGAUCCGCAAGGUGAUGUAUUUCCUCCUCACUUUCACUGACGGCCUUGAACCAACUCAGCUGAAGGGCUCUGUUGUUUUUAAAGCCUGA